UGAUGUUCGUAUCCUCAGGAUAACGGAAUAAAAUCUCUGCUGCAGCUCCACAGCAGGAUGUGUGGUAUGACGGUGCUGUUAGAUGAUGGUGAAGGUGAUGAAGACUUUGACGUGGGUGAUGGGAUCCGGAUGCUGCCUCCUCCUCCGGCUCAGUGUGACGGCGGGGUCUGGGGGGCCCGGCGGGGCCACUGCGGGUGUGUGCUGUGGACGCUGCUUCUGCUGCUGUGGAACGUCCUGCUGCUGACAGGGUGUGUGGUGCUGAUGGUCCUGGUCUUCAGCCUCAUUCUGCUGCCCACCGCCCUGCUGCUGUACGCCGGCUUCCAGUGCCAUUCACGGGUUGUGGCUUCUCGGGCUGCUCUUUGUCGCUACCUUGAUGACAACAGUUGCUCUGCCCUCAUCAUCCUGGGCUUUGUCAUGAUGUCUCCACUGGUCGUGGUUGCUGCGGCGACGUUCUGCGCUCUUCUCCGGCGGCUACACCUACUCUUAUAUUUUCAGCAAAUCACAGAAGCUCGGUACCAAGGGCGGGGCUUGGGCUGGAGGCGGGACAUCCACGCCUGGGUUUGACUGACAGACACACCCAGCAUUCUGAGGUCAGCAUCUGGGGUGACCUCUAGCAACAGUAACAUCACGGCACAGCGACGGCGUUACUGUAACUCUACAGAAACACAAUCAUGUAACACAAUCUAUGUAAUAUAUCCCCGAAUGACCAAAAUGUAACUCUGGAGAACUCUGGAGUCUUGUCACAUGACACAUGAAAAGCGUGGUGUUACAGACUUACGUAGCUGUAACACAGUUUAAGUGUUACCAAACUGACGUGUGUGAAUAAGUGUACUAGUCUAGAGAUGUGUUAACUCGCUCGUGUCGAUGUUUAUAUUAGUUGGUCAGCUGUGUUCUUGAAAUGUGCAGAAUUGGGAAUAAACUGACUUAAAUCAAA